AUGUGCAUCCAAGAUGCUUUAUUAAUAGCAUCGAUAUUAAUUGAAGAAAAAAAAGCCUUCACUUUUCAAAAAUACGUUAUUUCUAUUGGAAAUUGUGCACAAGUUACAAGAAUUCAAUGAAGAACCCCAGAGCAUGUUCAAGUUAAAUUCAUCAGAAAUCAGCUGCCAUUUAAUGCUUCAGUUUCACAAAUUUCACUAUUUAACCAAAUUUUUAAUAGCAACAGCCCUGAUAUAAAUGACCCUUUGUUUACAAAUUAUGCAAAUAAAGUAAGGUUUUUGAUAAACAAAGAAAUCAAGUCGAAGUAUAUAAAAUUGUCAACAGAAACAGUUGAUCUGUGUGAGUUUUUAGAGUAUGUGAAAAUUUUAUUAGAAAAUACUGUGAUUAAGAAACAAAAACUUAUGAAGUUCUCGCUAGAUUUCGUACAGAACUCUGACCGCAAAUGGUAUUUUCUAGGAUUACACUCAUAUAAAACUGGGGAUAAGUUCAACGCCAAACGAUUUUCAUUAGAAAGUGGACUCAGUGUUCCAUCUUUGAAAAUCUGUAAUGUUGAUCAAAAUGAUGAAAUUAAUACAGCUAGAAUCUGUGAACGGUUUAUUAGAACAACACAUAGACGAACAAGAUCUGAUUUAUACCAAACAAACUCUACUAAAACUCUGCAACCUAGCUCCAGGCAUAGUAAACCAACAUCGUUCUUGUUAAAUCUUGAAACUAAGUCAACUCAUCAGCAAAAAUUAUUCUGCUAAAUAAAACAUUUUUAAUAAAUGCUGUGGUAUUAUUAUGGUAUUUCAUACAAAAUAUAUAAUUAGCCUUUAUUAUAAAUAUAUAUUCAACUUAAUCCAGAAAUAGAUAAUAGAAAAUGAAGUUGACAAACUUAUAGGAAAAGACCAAAUAUCCUACCUGAAAUUCAUGUCAUACCAAAAAUGGAUUAAAAGAAGAGAAGAUCAUCUUCCUGACAUGCCUCUUGAAAAAAAAUACGCUGAAAAAAUCGCCUCAGCUAAAAACUUUGUUAAACGAAAAUACUCUGAAGGCUUCAAUAACCUUAAAUCUAUGAUCCAGUCCAUGACUGAUAUAACAUCUCAUGUCUCCUUAACAGGCACUUAUGUCGCUCAACAAGCCACAAAGCUCUUAUUAGGAAAACUCAAUAAGCCUGUCAAAACUGACCCUGAAAAAGCAAACGCUUUGGCAAUCCAACGAACCCCCAGACGAAGAUUUACAAAGCUAAUAGAUAGAAUUGCAGAAGAUGAGCUGAAAUUCGGUUCAGAAAAUCUUGAUUUUAUAAAGCUCACACUGAGCCGCAGAAGAAAAGGCUAA